AUGUCAACUGGAGGUGAGUGCCCUCUAAAUGAAAUAUUUGAUACAAAGACUUGUCAGCCGACUCAGCGGUCCACACCCAUUCACAUUUUUCGUGGGACCCACGUCGGUCAACCAACCACUGUUGUUGUUUGCGAUGUCCAGCGGGGCCCUCGCAGCGCCUCUUUCCUCGUCCAUAAAUCGAGCUCCCUCCUCGGCGCAAAGCACUCGAACGCCAUGUUCCUCUCCUCCUCCUCCUACGGCGGCCUACGCCACCAACCGUUCAUCUCAUCCGCAGCCGAUCCUCCUCCGGAGCACUGCCAUGAAGCUCUCGACGGCCGCCUCUUCCCCUUCUCCUCCACCUUCUUCGCCGCCCAGUACUCAGACCUCCACCGGAGCAGCUGCUCCCUGUCGCUUCCCCUCCACCACCACCACUACUACCACCACGAUACGACGUCAGGCGAUCUCCAAGACCAGCCUCCUCCUCCUCCGUACUCCUCCUCGCCGUCCUCCGUGCUCAGCACCGGCGACCUCCAGGGGACGCAAUACGGUUCGCUGGAAGGAUCAGCCGGCGAUCCGGGAAGAGUCCGGCGAUACAGUGCCGAGGAGCGGAAAGAAAGGAUCGACCGAUAUAGGAGCAAACGCAAUCAGAGGAACUUCCAAAAGAAGAUCACUUACGCGUGCAGGAAGACGCUCGCCGACAGCCGGCCGCGGGUGCGGGGCCGAUUCGCGAAGAACGGCGACGAGAAGGAGAUGGCAGAUAUGGCGGUUGUCAACGGCCACGUGGGCUCGGGGGUAAACCAGAGCCACGCAUUUGGCAGCGGCGACUGGUGGAGCCCGGAGGCGGCGAUGAUGGCGGCGGAGGACGAGGACGAGCUGCUCUACUGCGACGGCGGCUUCCUCCGGAGCUUCGUCGACCACGGCGUCUUCGACAUGAACAGUGGUAGUCUCUCCUAACUAAAGAGAGAGAGGAAUCGAGUGCUCGAAGAGGCAGUGCCACUGUAGAAGUAGAUUCUUUGGUUUCUGCGGUUUGACUUUUGACAAAAUCUAGUGACGAUUUGGUGCUAAUAUAGGUAAUGUUUAAUGAUUGCAAAAAAUUUGAUUCGGAUUUAUUAUAUCAAAAGAUUAGAUAUUC